ACCCUACCGACUAGUGCUCCGACGACACCCACUUCAUUUUAGCUUUCACUUUCGCCCUAUUAGGAACAAUCACUGGUGACAGGAACUGCCUUGUGGGAGGUACUUAGCACCUUUAUUUCGCAGUAGGCAAUUUCAUCUGCUUCACAGUGUAAGAUAGGGAAAUGGCAACAGCAUGGGAAUCCGAGUACUUUGACAAGGUCACUCCGGGAGAGAGGGAGAGAGCAGUGCCGCCGAUGGUACCACAGCAAACCCCUCCGCCGGUAUACAUACAACCCCAGGUCUCGAGGAACGGUAUAGUUGCCAGCAUCGUUCUACGGCUGCUCACAUUGAUCUUCGCCGUUGUAGCGCUCGCUGUCCUUGCUAGCAAUACAGGGAGUUUCCAGGUGUCGACGGGUUCUGCAACUUCUGUUAAGACCAUCAAGUUCACGAUCUUGUCUGCGUUCACGUAUUUGUUUGCCGUAUGUGGCGUCGUGGCCGUGUAUUCUCUCCUAUUGAUCAUCGUUGAGAUGAUCGAUUUGGCCGUGAGAGGCUUCACGACCCACACACUCGUAGCAAUUUUCGUCUUCGUUCUCGAUCAGACUAUGGCUUACGUACUCAUAUCAGCAGCCUCUGCCAGUGCCAACGGCGUCAAGGUCAGCAGAGACGAAUCCAACAUCACAGGCUAUAAGUUUGACAUCUCGUGUUCCAAUUUGGGCAUUGAUGACUAUUGCACCAAAGCCUCGGCGUCAGUCGCCAUUGCCUUCAUCGCGUUCUUGUUCAUGGCCAUCACUGCCGGAGUCUCCGCACGCCGUCUUUUCAAGUUACCGUAACUGGACGCACCAGUCGUCGUUUGAGCCGUAGGGACCCACCAAUCUCGACCUCCUUCACAGUGCACCCUGACACCGGUGAUGAUCACUAACUCUAUGCGGCGGUCUUACACCAUAACUCAGAGACUCCUCAUCCUGCAGGAACCACUCGGUACCCAGCUUCCCACCCAGAUUGCUGCAUCAGGAAAGCAUCUGAAUUAGUCUUAGUCUUCAUGCUUGUAGUAAUAGUAGUAACGUUACCUCUUCAUUGUAUCCAGUUUUGUGCGGAAUUCCCCACUCCAGCCAAACCCUGAGAGCAGCAGUUUCGUUUGAUCGAACUAGGGUUGUAAUGAUCCUUCCUUCAUGAUGUGCCCUCGCAUUAUGUACCUUCCACCGACACUCACUGUUAUGUAUGGAACCAUAAUGAUGUUUUUUGGAUCAGACACACUUUGGAGUAGAAGUUUGUACCAUGUGAUACCGUGCUUAGGAAGAGAACCCAAUUUGGUGCUGUAGAUGUUUUGUGGUUACAGUGGUAUAUGUACGAUGGUAACGUAAGCGUCAGUGGGCAUCGAAGCAGUUCUUACGCAUUGCAGUUAGAUUUGUCCUAUGAAGAUGUUUCUUAUGAACUCCAUGAUGAUAUUCUCUUGUUCUGGAAAUAUCCUCUAUGGAUAGAAUUUUAUGUUUUGGUUCGUAGAAUAAGAGAAAAAUUCUGACCA